CUGGUCUGCCAGCGCCGGCUGAUGCUCUAAGGUUCAGCAUCUGGAUGACCCCCCCAUUGGGUCACGGUUACCCACCACUGUUUUCGGAGGGGAGGAGCAUUUUGGGGGUGCAAGGGAACAGCUGGAGAGCCCAAAGGGGUCCUUGGUCCCCUAUCGACUCGGAUGCCCGUAGGACCUCCUUCCAGCCUUCCCCAGUGGGCCACGAGCCACUGAGAUCGCCCCAGGUGACCAUGCUGAACGGGGAGAUGAGCGCUUCCUCGGCCAGGAACGUGGUCCGGAGCUCCAGCAUCAGCGGAGAGAUGUACAACAUCGAGAAGAGCCGCGGGAGCAACCCAGAUUCCGCUAGCCUUUCGUCCACGAAGAAACGGCGCUCCAGUUUGGGGGCCAAGAUGGUGGCGAUCGUGGGGUUGUCCCAGUGGAGUAAGAGCACGAUGCACCUCAACCAUCCUGACGGUGGGCCAAAAAAACUUCGGAGUAACAUCCGCCGAAGCACAGAGACCGGCAUCGCGGUGGAGAUGAGGAACCGGGUCACAAGGCAAGGCAGCCGGGAAUCGACGGACGGAAGCACCAACAGUAACAGCUCGGACGGCACAUUUAUUUUCCCCACGACCAGGCUGGGAGCCGAAAGCCAGUUCAGCGACUUUUUAGAUGGCCUUGGACCAGCGCAAAUCGUGGGACGGCAGACGCUCGCUACUCCGCCAAUGGCCACUUAUGUCAAAGUCUACCUGCUGGAAAACGGGACCUGUUUGGCCAAGAAGAAGACCAAGGCGGCCAAGAAGACCUGCAACCCGCUGUAUCAGCAGGCCCUGCUCUUCGAAGAGGGCCCUCAGGGCCGGAUGUUACAGGUGAUCGUCUGGGGAGAUUACGGACGCAUGGACCACAAGUGCUUCAUGGGUAUGGCCCAGAUUGUACUAGAAGAGCUGGAUCUGUCCAGCACGGUGACAGGUUGGUACAAGCUCUUCCCCACUUCCUCCUUGGCGGACUCCACCAUCGGACCACUCACCCGGCGCCUCUCCCAGUCCUCUCUAGAGAGUUCAAUAAGUCCUUCAUGUCCUUAAGGAUGACAGAGAGGAAAGAAGAAACAACAACAAGAAGAAGGACGCCCUGAUCUACCGCAGCUUUUGGUAGCAUGGUUUGUAAAUAUUCCAUGUCUUUCCCUCUCACCCAUUCUUCUUUGUCCUCUUCUCUAAGAGGAGGAAAAUGGCUCCCAACGAUCUUAGGCUCAUGUCCCUCGCUCACUCGGCAGGCACGCGAUUCCGAAACUCCGGAAGGUGAUGAGGAAGAAAUUGGAAAGGGGAAUUGAAAAGGACCGUGUGGUGAAGAAAAAAAACACAAAAUUAGGACUGCCUCCCAAUUUUGAGACUGUUACAUCAUCUUAGAACAGAUUUCCGUGAACAUUGCUUUUGGUCUCCAACAUGUCUUGGGAGACGUUUCCAACCUGACUCAUUUUGAUCCCACAGCAAGUAGCAUGUUUAAUUGAAACAUCUUCUUUACUGCUUAAUAUUCUUUUCGUUCCAUGGUUUUGAAGGAGAAGGUAGAAUUUCUCCCCAAUUUUUUUUAUUUUAUGGGAAGAAAAGAAAAAAAGAUUCA